AUGGCUUACUCUGGAGCUUCAACAAUUGAGAUGCCAGCCCUGGGCCGCCCUCUCCGGCUGGGGAUGCUGUACGACUGCUGCAGCGACACUCUCAUACCAGGUAUCACUUUAUGGGGCAUUGAGGCCCUUAAGAAAGACGUGGAGACAAUGCCAAAGCCCAAUACUGAAUUCCAGAUCAUUGCGUCUGACUCCAUUGAAGAUAAGGCCUCAGCCCUCAGUCUGUCUGGAUCCCUGAAGGCCAGUUUCCUGGGGGGGAUGGUGGAAGUAGGUGGAUCUGCAGCAUUUUUAAAUGAUACCAAGAAAUCAAAAAAUCACGCUCGAGUUGCUCUCCGCUACUCAGUGACAAACAGGUUUGAGCACCUGACUAUGAGCCAUUUGGGGACCAAGAACGUCUCUUAUCCUGCUGUGUUUGACCAAGGCACGGCCACCCAUGUGGUCACAGCUGUGCUGUACGGGGCUCAGGCUUUCUUCGUGUUUGAUCGGGAAGUAUCUUCAUCAGAGAGUGUGCGAGAGAUAGAGGGGGAAAUGAAACUGAUGAUAGAAAAGAUCCCAAAGGUUUCCGGAGGAGCAGAGGGGUCUGGGGAAAAGGGGAACAAGGCAGAAGAAAAAGCUGAAAAAUUCAGUUGCAAAUUUUAUGGCGAUUUUGCCCUGGAGAACAAUCCGGUUACUUACCAAGAUGCCAUGGAAGUUUACUCCACUCUCCCUAAGCGGCUUGGAGUCGCUGGUGAGAACGCUGUACCGGUGCGAGUCUGGCUGUACCCACUGAGCAAGCUGGAUUCCAGAGCCGCUCAGCUAGUGCAUGAGAUCAGCUCGAUGCUGGUUUAUGAUGCUCAAAGUGCCAUGGAGCACCUGACCGAGUGCGACGUCCGAUGCAAUGACAUGGUGAAGGACAGAACGGCUACAACCUUCCCCGAGAUCCAGAGGAAACUCCAGCAAUUCAGAGAUCUGUGUAAACAGCACAGACAGACCUUCCAAAAAGAGCUAGCUAGAACCCUGCCCUCUAUCCGUGGAGGCGGAGCAGAGGAGGGGGCCCUGGUGGAGAUUUUAACCACCAAGGAGCAAUCGCCAUUUGGUACCCAGAGACUCAAUGAAUUUCUGGAGAAUAAACAGGAAGAAAUGGAUUUUAUCAAUUCCUACCUGGCUGAGCUAGAGGAGGUGGAAGUCAUAUCCUCCAGGAGUGAGCUACAAUGUAUAGUUCUCAGCCACAGGCAUAAUUGUGUUGUCUGUCUUGCACUCACUUCAUUGCACAAUGAGGAAUCGUAUUUAUCAGAAUUGAACCUUUGGCUGCGGCGACAAUUUAUGAAGAACAUUCAUGUUCCAGCAUUAGCCAGUUCUGUCUGUGAGACACCAAAAUCCAAACAGUGGUUUGAGGAUGAAGAGAUAAGAAGAAAAGCACGACAAGCCGUAAAGUCCUUCUCUUACUUUGCUCGUGUCAAUAAAUCUAGUGGGAUGACUCGGUUCAUUGUGGCCUGUGUUCCAGACAAGGACAAUCCAGGAGCUUCCAUUUACCUGUAUGAAGAUGGAGAUGUGGUCAGUACCAACUUUGAGCCUCCAUCAAAGCCUCUUCCUCCCCUGAUUGACGGAAUCAGACAUGACCGUGUGCAUCUCACGUUUAACCCAGCAGCCUAUGGCAGGGCUGCGAUAUCCGGCUAUCGGGCAGAGUACAGAAUUGUUGGGCAGGAGAACUGGACGGCUGUGACUGUAAAUAACACACAAGAGACAUUCACAGUGACAAGGCUCCGUGCAAACACCGAGUACCAGUUCCGAUACGCUGCAGUGAGCAAACCAGGGCUCAGCGAGAGCAGCGACGUGAGUGAUCCUGUGAAGACCCUUCCCCCUACCAGCCCUCCUGGGAAGCCUGUAGCAGUUAUUGCAGAUUCAUCUGCCAUUGCCCUUUCCUGGGAGAGUCCAAGUGUGACUGGAGAUGGAGUCAGUAUAAGCGAGUAUAAGGUGGAAUAUAAAGAAGAGGCAGGAGAUACGAGUCAGGAGGGGAAAGAGAAAUGGCUGGAACGAAGGACAGGAGAGAGAACUGGAUCUUGUAACAUUGAUGGACUGAGCCCUAAGACGCCCUACAGAUUCCGGGUGUCGGCUGUGUGUGCGGACGGAGCUGUGGGUGCCCCAAGUGAGGAGACUCUGAUUUCAACACUGAAGGAAGAUUUGCAUGUAAGACAGACUGAGCCAGUUCCAAGAGCUACCAAGGCUGCUGAAGAUGCAAUUUCAGACAAUAGAACAUUUGCUGGACUCUCCAAAAAGGAGGUUAAAGAAUUGCAGGCCACUAUUGCAGCAGGAAUUUUCACAGAUGUGAUAGUUAAACUUCAGAACAUAAAAUCAUUGAAAAUCACCAUGCUUCAUGUUGCCAUCACGGGUGAGGCAGGUUCAGGAAAAUCGAGCUUUUUAAAUGCCUUCCGGGGUCUCAAUGAUGAUGAUGAAGGUGCUGCUGAAACUGGGAUGCGUGAAACAGGAAGGGAGCCAACACCAUAUCAACAUCCUAAACACCCAAAUGUAACAAUAUGGGACCUACCAGGAUGUGGGACACCUAGGUUUCCCAUAGAUACAUAUACGAAGUCGGUAAAUUUCAACCGCUAUGACUUAUUCAUCAUCAUGUUCUCAACACGCUUCACAUUCUGCCACCAAAGCCUCACCAAUGAGAUUCGGGGGAUGGGAAAGAAGUAUUACUAUGUGCGUUCCAAAGUGGAUCUGGAUCUGUAUUAUGCUAGGCUCCGCAAAUCCUACAGUGAGCAGAGAGUCCUGCCGGAGAUCAGGGAUGACUGCAUAAAACAGAUGAAAGGAGCAGGGGAGACUUCCCCCCAGGUUUUCCUUAUCAGCAGCUGGCACCCAGACAAAUAUGAUUUCCCCCUCCUACAGGAAACACUGGAGAAGGAAAUAGAUCAAUCUAGCCCUUGUGUCAUGUGCUGAUGCCCUUAUUCCUACCCAGAUCGCCCCUCAGCUUCUGGUCCAGCCGUCUUUGUGAUACAAUUGCAGUGUUAGAGCCAGGACUUUGGCUUGGACAAUGGCUCACUGCCCUGGCUAGGAAGGCUGACAGCUCUGUUGCUGAGCUAAUAUCUGUUGUAAAAAAGUUCCCAAAGGCCAAUGCGAAAACAAGACUUUGUAUUGUGUCUACAUACGGCACACUGACAGCUGUCAGUCUUCUGGAUAUUCUACCCGUGUUCAGUUCCCCAGCAGCUGGAUGAGAUUCUGGAACCACAUCCUACACGUUGAAGAGAUUUUUGAAUGACGUAACAGGAGUUGCCCAAUGCUCUGUCUCAAUCCAAAAGCUGAAUAGUUCAAAUAACAAUAACAAAGGUUCCAAUACACCUACACAGAAAGCAAGAGACACGUGUCUCAAAAGCUCUCAGAGGAUGAAACUAAUUCCUAAUGUUUGUAGUUGAAAUGUCUUUUAAACUAUCAGAUACAUUAGCAAG